GGAAAGGGGGGGCAGAAGAAUGAUCUGGUGGAGGUCUGUGUAGCUAUUGGCUAAACAUCGAAUCUAGCGUCGGGGGUGUCGGGCAUUAGUUUGAGGGAUGGUACGCGAUUUGGUGUGUCGAAUUUUCCAUGCAUGUUGUUGGAUUAGGUUGUUAUCUGCCGAAGGUACAAAAACUUGCCAUGCUCAGGGGACGCUGGUGUCAUCUUGUGAAGGUGGCUUGAUUUGUGGGUGACUGAGAACUUAAUAGAUUCAGGUUUGACUAUUAGGGUGUGUGAGCUGACACAAGCUGUACAUAUAUGUUCGUUCUAAUGAUGUGGAGUUUAGCAGAGGGAUCUCUGGAUCUACUGCAGUUGUAUUAUUUGCUUGUCUCUUCAGCAUGCUUGGAGAGAAAUAAGAGGGGACUGGUAUUAUGUGCAUAUGUGGUUGUCAAAAGGAGGGCUGUAUCUGAUGUUACUAAUGGUGAUGAAGUGCCAUUGUCGGGGAAAAAACGAUCUUUGAGGGAGAGGUUAGGAAGUAAUGUGACUGAUUCUGAUUUUUAUGAAAGCUGGCAUGGAAACAAAAGGCAACAGACAGAGAGUGAUAGCUCACAUGGAGAUGAUGGUUCAGAUCGCCAGGUUGGCAAGGAUGAUCUGAGACUGAAACUUAUGAGGAAAGGCUUGUUACAGAGGAGCAAUGGUGGUGCAGAACAGAAUGGAGUGGAUCUCAGGGAAAAGCUUUCCCGAAAUCAGAAGAAUUUGUCGAGAUACGAUGCAAGAGGCCAUGCACCAGAAUCAAGGGCUAGGUAUGAUAUGAGAGACAAUCCUCCAGAGUUAAGGUUUAGAUAUUCUUCGAGGGAGGCUGUCCUAGGAUCAAGGCCCCCCUCUGCUGUUGUAAGUCGAGUUCCUUCUGCAAGAAGUGCGGAUGAUUUGUUGAAGAUGGAGUCUUCAAGAAAACCUUACCCCUCAUGGACAGCUGAUGGUUUGAGGCACAGAUCACCUGAAAGGCUUACAAGAAUUCGGGGUGAUGCAUCUCCACCAAGAGCUUAUGAUAAGAUUAUGUCUAUGCCAUCCCUUAGAUCUGUUGGUUCCUCAAGACCUCAGAGUUUUAUUACAAGAGAUGCUCAUGACACAUCAAGAGCUCAACCAUAUUCUGGCAAAUCCACCAUUUCUGUCGAUGCAAUACAGAGAGCUAAUGGAAUCACUUCGUCUAGUGCAGCUCUGCCUACAGCCCCUGUUGUGAAAGAAGUCCCGCAAACGGUUACUGAAUUGCUGAAUUCUCUGGGACUGGAGAAGUAUCUUGUUCUCUUUCAGGCCGAGGAGGUGGAUAUGGCUGCAUUGAAGCAAAUGGGAGAGAGUGACCUCAAGGACAUGGGGGUACCAAUGGGCCCGAGGAAGAAGAUUCUCCUUGCACUAGGUCCUCGGUCGAAGCAACGGCAAAGAUGAGCAGCAUGAUCUGUAACUUGGAAACUGAAAACAUUUGUUUGGCAACUGCAAAUUAUUGGUGUAACUAAAGAAUGCCUUACUGCAGAUCUUGUAUAUCUUUAGUGUCCGUCUUAGUUGCUGAUCGAUUAAGUUCGUGCCUUUGUUGACACGUGUAAAGUCUUGUCUGUCAGCUAUUAGAGUAGCAGUCUCGAAACAGGUGGAUAAUUACCAGUCUGGAAUUUGGUGGGGUAUAUUAGAACGGCUAUGAUUACAGUGCCAUCUUUCAUAGUAGGAUCGAAAUAUCGAAUGAUCAAUCAUGUCAACUUUUUUUUUGAUC